CGCAGGCGCCGUUAGCCGGCUAGAAAGCUUUCCAGUUCCAGUGCGAAAGUACUUCGAAAACUGGAAGCUGGAAGGGAGGGGAAAUUCGAAGAGCCGAACACUUUGGCGCCAAAUCAACCUCGUCCGUCGGCAUUUCACUCGCAGUCGGAAAAAAACAGAGCGCGUGAAAGGAUCAAAAGGCGGAUCAACUAAACCGGUUUUGUGAAAAAUUAACAAACAAAUUUUAAAACAAAAAAAAAAUUUUGAAAAACUUAAUUCCAAAUAUUUGUUUAUCCAAACAUAAAAGUGUUUAUUUACCAACUAAAAUGUAAACACACAAGUUCCAAACAAUAAAAACUAACAAAGAAUAUAAAACGCAAAUCAGGUUCUUGUGGCGCCAUUUAUUUGCAUAAUUAAAGACGUUCGGUCAGAUGGUGGGCGAGAUUAGGAGUCGUUCAGAUGAUGGCAGCUUCUGAUUAGUGGGCGUACAACACGAACAGAAAGGAAUAAUCAGGCCGCAAUGAUGCAGGAAACCAAAAGUGACAUGGGGCAAACCGAUUUGCAUCAUCGGCUACCAUUCAACGAUACGGUUCUGAAGGACCACGAACUGACCAGCACAGAUAUCGAGAAGUUCGUCAAAUUAUGGCACGAAUACCAGAUGAAGAACAUGACCCCACAGGUGGAUGAGUGUCAGGGAUAUUGCCAGGGGGAAAUUUACAACUGGCUACGGGCCUACAACAGCAUCCAUGGAUACGUCUCCCUAAUGAUUUGCAUAUUCGGCACAAUAGCAAACAUCUUGAACAUAAUGGUCCUGACCAGAAAGGAAAUGGCCAAGACGCCCAUAAACAAUAUUCUCAAGUGGUUGGCGGUGGCCGAUAUGUUCGUGAUGCUGGAAUACAUACCCUACACGUCCUAUCAAUACAUCUAUAUGCGACCAGGUGAAAAGGAUCUGAGCUACACCUGGGCUGUUUGUCUCCUGGUCCACAUGCACUUCACCCAGAUCCUGCACACGAUUUCCAUUGGAUUGACCGUGACGCUAGCGGUAUGGCGAUAUGUGGCCAUCAGCCAAAUGUUACCGUCUCUAUUCCACAGACAUCCGAACGGGGGCUGUGCCAACUUCCUGCUCGCACAUUCCCGGGAGGCGAUCCUCCUGCCCUUCAUCCUGUCGCCGAUCCUCUGUCUGCCCACGUACUUUGUGUUCCAGGUGCGUGAGACGUACGACGUGGACAAGGUCAACUCGGAGGCCAUGUACCACGUGUACUUCGAUAAGGAUUCGGUGCUGUACAGGUUUAAUUUCUGGAUACAUUCCGUGCUGAUCAAACUUCUGCCAUGUGGCAUUUUGAUUGUGAUCAGUGCAGUGCUCAUGCACGUUCUGUGCGAGGCCUCGAGACGUCGCUUAAAGCUAAGAGACUAUAAUAAUCCCGCCAAAUAUGCCAUCCAGCUUAACCUGAACGAAUCCAGGUCCAAAAAGCCACCGCGCUGUGAUCGUCGAAAUGAUCGCACUACCCUUUUACUGGUGGCAGUACUGGUUCUGUUUCUGAUCACCGAAUUCCCGCAGGGAUUACUGGGUCUGCUCUCCGGCGUGAUGGAGAAGUGCUUCUUCGCCCACUGCUAUCCGCCAUUUGGGGAACUUAUGGAUCUGCUGGCCCUGAUCAAUGCAGCCGUGGGAUUCGUGCUGUAUGGAUUGAUGUCCAAACAGUUCCGGACCACCUUCCGAUCGCUUUUCAUGAAGCGGCAUUUUGGCAGCACCGAGAUGACCCGCUUGACUCGGGUCACAACAACCUGCGUUUAAUUUGUAUGAGGAAGGGUAUCUCCAAGAUGUGAUUAUACAAUGGAGCAAACAAUGGUGACUCCUUGGAAGGUGAAGGACAUCAAAGAUGAUCCUGCCCAGCUCCAUUUGAAUUUUCUAAAUUAUAAAUUACAAAACUUUAUAAAAGUUUCGUUAUCUUGAAUAACACUAAUGGGGAAACUGUGAGGUGUGGGAUUAAUGUACAUAUAUAUACUGGCUGAUGCACUGUGCAUCCAAUUUCACUGGUGCAUCGAUCGGUCAAAAAUUAAUUCUGCUUGUGAUUUGGCUGUUUUAAAAAGUGCCAUUUCAUUUCCAAUUAAAAUACGGCUUAAGAUUUAUUCGUUAACCAGUUGGUGUUUCCAUUUCGUGUUGAUAUGUAAGUUUUUGUUAGGCUAAGUGCAAAUACGAGACAUUUUACUUUCCACUAAGGUUAUGAAACAGGAAUCCAUGAAUAUAACUAUAGCUAUGCUAAGAGGACAGAAAAACUCCUUGAGCCCCGAGUUGCUUUUUCUUCUUGGCUGAAAAUAUCAAAAGCUAUUUUGAUUAUAUAUGUCGAUAACUGGUUUUCAGCCAAUUGCCAAUGCCUUUAACAUUGGCUAUUGGAAAAUCCCUAUUAUGUGUACUAUCUAAGCUGCUUGUACUAUUUUUAAAUAAAUGUAAACACUUUCAAAUAAAUGUUUGAUGUGAAUUGCA